GCUUGGUCAGGUAGUCAGGUUGAUCUCCUCCCUCUAUUUCUUAAACAUUUCCAUUCUCUCGGACUCUCUCUACUCCCUUGCUCUUCCUUCCCUGGCGGCGAAGACUGAGCGAGCGGCGGCGCCAUUUGUCACGUCUUCGCCCAACCCUUUGCCGGCGACGAGCAUCCGCCAGAAAGAAGCCUAGACAAGGGGGAGGAUGGAUAAGGAGGAGAAUAAGGAAGCAUCAGUGAGCAUUAGCAACAAUGACACGGGUACCAAUGAUAUGGAGGAUGACGACAAUGAUGACAAUGAUGGGAAGCACACGGUGGUGCUUGGCCCUCAGGUUCCCCUCAAGGACCACCUUGAGCUCGAUAAGGAUGAUGACAGCCUAAGGAGGUGGAAAGAGCAGCUCCUUGGAGAUGUUGAUACCACUAAGCUUGGAGAGACUGCAGAACCCGAGGUGACCAUAUUGAACCUGACCAUCCUAACUCCGGAUCGACCAGAUCUGGUUCUGCCAAUCCCACUUGUACGGGAUGACAAGGGGUACGCAUUCGCGCUCAAGGAUGGAAGCACCUACAGCUUCCGCUUCUCCUUCACUGUCUCCAACAACAUUGUGUCUGGUCUCAGAUAUACACACACUGUCUGGAAGGCUGGAGUAAGAGUGGAAAAACAGAAGGUGAUGCUGGGGACCUUCAGUCCUCAGCAGGAGCCUUACAUGUACGAGGCUGAGGAAGAUACGACACCUAGCGGCAUCUUUGCGAGGGGUUCAUAUUCUGCAAAGCUGAAGUUUGUGGACGAUGAUGGGAAAGUCUACUUGGACAUGGGCUACUGCUUCGAGAUCCGGAAGGACUGGCCAUCCUCGGCCUAAAACUGUGAGAGAAAACAGGGCUUAGCUUUAGGUGGCAUGUAACAGGGGAUGGUUGGUGCUGUGUCUUGUAUGUACGACUCUCGCUGCGCGUGGCGUAGCCCGGCAAUAUGAGCUGAAAAUCCAGAUAACAGAAUUUAUUAUGUUGAUGGAUGGGCAUGGCUCAGAAGAAUCCCCGUGCAGAUGCUGCAUUGAAUCGUCGGACUGUUGCGAUCGUACCUCUCACUCUCUCAGCCUGAUUAUAUUGUAUUCUAUGGGUCGCUUACUGCUAUAGUUUUUGUCCUGAUUAUUGUUGGCUUGGGCAAA